GGGUGGAGCUCGUUGACAGUCCGGGUUGCCGCGGGUGGAGGGAGGUGGCGGCGGCCGUGGCGGCGGCAGCAGCAAGCAGCUCCUUUUUUAGUGCCGCUACCCGCAGCAGCUCCAUGGCCGCUGCGGCUCCCGGCGUGGUUGUCUCCACUGUGCUGUAUGUGCUGACAGAGGGGGAGGCGGUGGCCAUCGAGGCCGGGCCCGGAGGCUUCGGACCUCCGCCUCCCUGAGCAGAAGGAGCCGAGAUGGCAGUGCUGGCCGCGCAGGUAGGAAGCAGAAAUUGGAAACUACACAUUUUUUGUGUGCCCAGGCCCUUGCUGUCUGCAUUGAUUUGGCCCCAAAGAAAGCACUGCUGUUCUAUCACCCUGUAUACCAUCAAGUACCAGUGAUACUUUGACCUUCUUGAAAACUGUUUCUAAAGAUUUUGUGAAUGAACAUCCCUGCUACUCUCAGACUGCCUGAGAUGGCAAGUCCAGCUAUCAGCCCUGACUCUUCCUCCCAUGAAGCACUUUCUUCUGUCAAUUCCAUGCCUGCAUGUUCACCCACCUCUGAUUCUGAGAACCUGAGCCCAGAUGAGCUGGAGCUACUAGCAAAACUGGAAGAACAAAACAGACUUCUAGAAGCAGAUUCUAAGUCCUUGCGUUCCAUGAAUGGUUCACGAAGGAACAGUGGGUCCUCUUUGGUCUCCAGCUCUUCUGCCUCUUCCAAUUUGAGUCAUCUUGAGGAGGAUACCUGGAUUUUGUGGGGGAGGAUUGUCAAUGAAUGGGAAGAAUGGAGAAAAAAGAAGGAAAAGCUGCUGAAGGAGCUCAUAAGGAAAGGAAUUCCUCACCACUUUCGAGCCAUUGUUUGGCAGCUUCUAUGCAGUGCCACAGACAUGCCUGUGAAGAAUCAAUAUUCAGAGCUUCUGAAGAUGUCCUCUCCUUGUGAAAAGCUGAUCAGGAGGGACAUUGCCAGGACAUAUCCUGAGCAUGAGUUUUUUAAGGGACAGGACAGUCUGGGCCAAGAGGUCCUCUUCAAUGUCAUGAAGGCUUACUCCUUAGUAGACCGUGAGGUUGGUUAUUGCCAGGGCAGUGCAUUCAUCGUGGGACUUCUCCUAAUGCAGAUGCCUGAGGAAGAAGCUUUUUGUGUGUUCGUACGGCUGAUGCAAGAGUACAGAUUACGAGAGCUGUUCAAACCCACCAUGGCUGAGCUAGGACUCUGCAUCUACCAAUUUGAGUACAUGCUACAGGAGCAACUGCCUGAACUGAACAUCCAUUUCCGCUCUCAGAGCUUCCUCACCUCUAUGUACGCGUCAUCCUGGUUUCUCACUCUCUUCCUCACCACCUUUCCUCUAUCUGUGGCUACACGAGUGUUUGACAUAUUUAUUUAUGAGGGACUGGAGAUAAUCUUCCGUGUGGGGAUGGCUCUUCUGCAAUACAACCAGGCUGAACUGAUGCAGCUGGACAUGGAGGGGAUGUCACAGUAUUUCCAGAAGGUGAUUCCUCAUCAGUUUGACAGCUGUCCUGAUAAGCUGGUCUUUAAGGCUUAUCAGGUCAAAUACAACCCUAAGAAAAUGAAACGAUUGGAGAAGGAGUACACUGCAAUCAAAAACAGAGAGAUGGAAGAGCAGAUUGAAAUCAAGAGGCUACGUACUGAGAACCGGCUUCUGAAACAGCGAAUUGAAACCCUGGAGAAGGAGAGUGCUGCUUUGGCAGAUAGAUUGAUCCAGGGUCAAGUCACCCGUGCGCAGGAGGCUGAAGAGAACUAUAUCAUCAAGCGGGAGCUGGCCGUGGUGAGGCAACAGUGCUGCUCAGCCACAGAGAGCUUGCAGAAGGCCCAGAGCACUAUCCGGCAACUGCAAGACCAGCAGGGAAAUCCCCGCUUCUCUGAGGAGUUUGUGAAUCACCUGGAAACAGAGCUAGAGCAGUCACGCCUGAGGGAAUCGGAGACCCUGAGUGCCCUGAAGGAGAUGCAGGAUAAAGUGCUGGACAUGGAGAAGAAGAACAGCUUGCUGCCAGAUGAAAACAAUGUGGCCCGUCUGCAGGAGGAACUGAAGGCUAUGAAGGUGCGGGAGUCUGAGGCUAUGAAAUCCCUCAGGGAGCUGCAGCAGCAGGUGAAGGAGCUCAAUGACAACUGGCAGGCCCAUCUGAGCCGGACAGGUGGGCGAUGGAAGGACUCUCCCCGCAAGAAUGCUAUGAAUGAUCUCCAAGAUGAGCUGAUGAGUCUCCGUCUACGUGAGACACAAGCCCAGGCUGAGGUCCGAGAGCUACGUCAGAGGGUGGUGGAGCUCGAGACUCAGGAUCAGAUCCACAGCAACCACCUCAAUCGUAUGGAGCAGGAAUGUGCUGGGCUGCAUGAAAAGGUCCAGUACCUGACUGCCCAGAACAAGGGGCUGCAGACCCAGCUGAGUGAGACCAAGCGCAAGCAUUCUGAAUCGGAAUGCAAGAGCAAAGAAGAGGUGAUGGCUGUGCGCCUGCGAGAAGCUGACAGCAUGGCUGCUGUGGCAGAAAUGCGGCAACGGAUUGCUGAGCUGGAGAUCCAGAGAGAAGAAGGGAUGAUCCAGGGCCAGCUCAACAACUCUGACUCCUCCCAGUACAUCCGCGAACUCAAGGACCAGAUUGAUGAACUUAAGGCAGAGAUCCGGUUAAUGAAAGGACAGAAGCCUUUUGAGGACUCCAUGGGCUUUGAUGGCAUCCAUAUUGUGAGUCAUCUGGCAGUGGAUGAUGACUCGCUGCACUCUUCCGAUGAGGAGCUGCUGACCAGCCCCAUGGUGGUGGGUGCCCUGCAGGACUUGUACCCACUCUCUCCCCAUAAUACACGCUUUCUACGGGGUGCUGAGAGCUCUGGCAAGGAGAGUGAUGGCACCACAGAUAGUGAUCCAGAUGAGCCUGCCUCUGCCACUGAGCCCAAUGGUGAGAUCAUCUUUGCAGAGGCCCUGGGCAAAUGAGGAGAGAUGCUAUCAUCCCAACUCGGCCUGUAUGGCACUUGGUCCUCUGGCCCUGCUGCACUGAGGAAACUGUCACAGACAGGUCGCAUGAGAUGCAAUGCAGAGUCCUCUGCUCAGUGAUUUCCACACCCCUGAGAUGGCAUGGGGGACAGACAGUUCUGCAGCUGACCUGCAGUGCACAGGCCAUCUCUGGUGAUCAUUGUCUGCACUGCCUUUUUUCCAGCUCUGUCAUCACUGGUAAACAUCUGAAUCCAUGUAGUGGCCUCAUUCACAUACACAUACAUGCACACGCACAGGCACCCCAUUCCUGCACCUUCUUGGUUUUCUCCCACUCAUAAAAGUUUGCACACUCCAAGAACUUGGAAGGGUCAGUGGAAGCAACAAGGCCACUGGUUCGAUAAGUUGCAGUCCAGAAGAGAUCAACCUCCCUCUCCUUGCCGUGCUCAGAGAGACGAGAGGGGCUGGUCUUCCCUUUUAUUUAUGUGUGACCCCUUCCCUGCUGCUCUGCGUACAGAGGAGAAACCUGAAUGCCUCCACGCUUGUUUGUGAUUUCUCACCCAGGAAAAGGACAGGAAGGGAAGUAGGGAGAGUGCGCUUCUGAAAAGGCCAUUUGGUGAGAGAGAGAGAGAGAGUAUAUUUUUGUUCCUGCAUAUAUUAUUUAUUUAUACUGUGUGAUUGCCAGUCUGGUUCCUGGAGAGGAGCCUUGGCAUAAAGCUUUAAGUUCUUGAGGGCUUUUAUAGAGCAGCCAGAACUGCUUUGGUAGCUAAAGGUACAGCAUCUUUUCUAAGUUGUUGUGCUAUGGUAAGAGAAGUGUUCCACACGGUCUCUUCUGUGGCUCAUUUUGCCUGCAGCUCAAGAGCUGUUCUGCUGCAGCCAUAACAAGGGAUUUAGUUACUGUCUGUCUUCAUAUGGCAAAUGGCAGCUCUGCUUGAAUUCUCUGUCUGGACGUGUAGAGGAUGAGGUCACAUUCUUCCUUAACUCUGCCUUUAUGACCAUCUCAUCAAACAUCCUGCCAAGUUCUUACCAAUGCCCAUUUUGCUUCAGGCAGGCUGCGGUCCAUCAAAAAUAGAUUUCGAUUGAGAAAGAAAGGUAUAUUUGUAAUUUCCUCCUUGAUUAUCUCCAUGAUUCACCAGAUUAGAGUGGGUUCAAGCAUCUGAGAAUGCUUUUUUGCUGGCAAAGCAAGCUAGCAUGUGAAGAAACAGAAACCGUAGGAUGCUUAGGCAUCUCAACUUGCUGGCUAGAAAAGACCUGCUCUCAGGGCAGAACUACAUAUUAAGAAGUAAACACAGGGUUCCCAAUGUUGUGUUUGCUUUACAACACUAAUGCAGGAGUGGGGGCAUGUUUUGCACAGGAGACUCAGUGGGAAAGGAGUGCUUUAUCCUUCCUCUGCAAACUGAUUCUCCCCUGCAAAUGCACAUAAACCAGCAGACACAUGUUUUCUUUAUACUAUGUAGCUCUGCCUCCAGAAACUGACCUCUUUUCUUCUUAACUGGAGAAAAGAAAGCUGAGAUGACAGCUUCUCAACAAGAUUCGCUUCUGACCUUAAUUCUGCACCAGGAUUGCUGAGACAGUCCACCUCCCAAGGGGUGGACAAAGAAUCCUUCGUCCACAUCCCUUCAGUCCCUGUUCCACUGAAGAACCUUUUUUAUUCACCCUGCCAUGAUUCCCAAGUCAGCUGAAGGUACUGCUCUGUCCUGGUGAGUCUGUUUUGUGUGUCUGCAUUGCAGGAUGAGUUCUUGCAACUCAGUGGGCGUCAUUCAGUUCACCCCCCAAGAGGCUGCUCAACAGAGGACGUGAUCACCCGCUGGGGCAAGUCAGUGGAGCAGCACUCAAGAGCACAGCAUGAUGUUGGCUUCCACCAGCCAGAGUUAUUCUGCGUUUAGUAUCCAUCUCCUCUUGUUCAAGGCACAGGGCUUGAAGCCUGCUAGUUUGAUUGUGCCCCCACCCUUCCCCUUAAAAGGAUGGAGUCACAGUUUGAGAUCAGUUUAACCUUUACGUUGGAAACCCAGUGCUGCAUCCUGACACCAACUUCUGAAAAGGAAACACAGGCAGAACCGCUCUAUGGAACGUGGCUUUGAAAGGGGUUCAGUGAUGUUUUCUUUCCAUUUAAGAUGGGAAGUCUCAAGGAUAUGUUGGUAUGAAAUACUUAGUCUUGCAAGUUUCCAAAUCAAUGAAGGUGUUAUCACUACAACUGAAAAAGCUACAACUGAAGAUUGACAUUAGGCAAUGGACAGGUUUUCACAACAGAUCUGUGUGGAAGAGGUACCAGGGGUGGGAGUGGGGGGCACUGCAGAAAGCUGAACAUGUAGGACUUUGAAUGUUAGCUGAGAAGGUGGCCAGCAUCUGCUGACUUCAUUAGGCAAGACCUGUGGCUAUUAGAAACCUCCUAUGACUGGUCCCAUGAACUGUGGCUAUUAGAAACCUCUCAUGAACUGGGAAGUGGAAUGAUUUUGCCCUCAGGGAAGGUGAAGCAUUUCCUGUUAUGGACUUACCAUCUUUUCAUCCUUCACUCGGUGCUAUUUCCUUUGGCCUUCCCUUAUUCUUUCUCAGCUGUUGUAAACUGAUACAUACACUGCUGGUUAGUUUUGCCUGAUUUCCCAAAUCUUCAGUGUUGCUAAUCCAGCUGUUCUGCAUCAGACACACUCCUUUUUCUGACAGAGGUCUCCAUAAUUCUUUCCUUAGUAUAGGUUUACAAUCUAUUUGGACCAUAGCAAAGGAGGAAUUCCUUGGAUGUUCCCAACUUUAUUCUGUGCCUCUCUUAGCAACAGGGCAAAUUUGUUGGUUGAUUUUUACCUCCAAAUCAUGGGGCUCCUCUAGUGAGGUUAAGCUAGCAUUUGCAUUACAGAAGCAGGUGGACAAACUCACACCGGCCUGGCCCAGCCCACCACAAGGCUGGUCCUGAAGUAUUAUAUAUGUAUUUAUAUAAAUAUGCCUGGGAAAGGUUCUGGUUUCAUAUAACCUUGCAUAUUUUAAUAGAUGUAUUCUAUAUCUACAUGCUGCACUGUAUUGCCAAAUUUCUGUGAUUUUCCCUCUCGCCUUCCCAACCUUUUUCCAUCUCCCCCCGAGAUCUUGAGCAUAAUAUGUGGUCCAUACAGGAGUACAAACCACACAGUUGCUUUGAUCUGCUUGUAUCAGUCUCAUGCAUUUCUUUGCUACCAGUGAGCACACGUUUGCAGUGUUGGCUGGCUUCUGAACCUGUGUGCCAGUUUGUGCAUAAUUCCUAGCAGUUAUUUGUUUGUGUAGUGCUAGCCAGAUUGCUCACUGCUUCCGAGAUUACAUACGAGGAAGAGCUCUAACCACUCCUGAGAAGAAUUUGUUCAUUAGACAACAUCAAAUUCAAACUUCCUUCCUCAGCCUAUUUAAUUAAGUUUUGUGUUUUUUUAAAGUGAAAUUUUUUUAGGCAUUACUCAAUUUACUGACUCAGAUCUUACUUUAGCUUUAUACUAGCAUGCCUCAAACUGAGGUUUGUAAUUCUUGCCAUCUACUAAGUUACUCUGCAAUAGUAGUUUACAUUACUACAACUUCUUUGUUUUGUUUCAGUGUUUGAGAUCAUGGCUGUAAAACAAUGUGGACAUGUUUGACUGACCUUUUGCUGUAUAUCCCAGCUGCCCUCAGACUUCUGCAAAUCUACAGAGGCUGAGAGGAGUUUCUUCUUCUUCCCUCCAGGGAAGCCACAGAAACUGCAGUAUGGUCAGAAUGUCUGUUUUCGUCAAAGGCGGGUCUGAUCUCUGACACUGAACCCAGGCACCAUCAGGAGGUUGAGGGACAAGCUCUCUGAUUUUUGCAGCUCCCCAGCAAGGAAUAUUGAUUAAUAUACUUACCUUGCUCAGGGUGAAUAUCAUAAAACUAUAUGAUACAAAUUAUGUAUGUUUGGUAAUCCUAAUUAAAGUCUAAUUGAUUUCUAAGAGCCAUGGAAUAAUGGGGAUUGGCUGAGAGAUGGCAGUUCUCAUGUCACCAUGACAGAGGGGAAGCUUCAAGUCCUCAGGUGAGCCAGGUUGCCAUCGCCUGCUUUUCCAGUGGAGCUUGACUAGAUGGGGAUCAGAUUCAGCCUCAGUAAACUGAAUAGCUUCAGGUGGAGUUACACCUAACAAAAGCACAUCAUUGAUUGCAGUAAGGCGAGGCUGGUGUACUUCUUAUACUAAUCUGGUCUCAUUUUUUUAAAAAGAACAACAAUCCCUUUACAGCAAAGUAGCAGGAAAAGUGUUGGAUAUAUUUGAAUAAUGUCUCCGUAUUCUCUCUAAUAGUGUCUCUAAAUGAAUAACGUUUUUGUUGUAGUAAUUAUUGGCUAAAUUGGAAUUGCUUGGGGGGGGGCGGUUUCUGGGAUGUAGGCUGUAUUCAGUUCACACAGGCCUCCUGCGUACUAUCUGAACACAGAAUAUUAAGCAAGCUUGUGCUGGGAUGUGUAUAUUGGAAGAAAAUGUGGGGCCAGCCAGAAUGGUUGCACCAGAAUCCUCUCAGGCAUCAUUGCAGCUGAUCUGUAUUUAAGGGCAAGGGUUUCCUGUCCAGUGUUUGUCUAGACAUCAGCAUGAGGCACAAGACUGCCGUGCCAAGCCAUCUGUCAUUCAUGUUGCUUUGACUUCUUUGUUGCUCUUCGCACUAAAUAUUGUGAAUGGAUGUUAAAGGGCAAAGCCAAAUGUGUACGUGCCAUGGCUUUUGUGAGCUUCUCUCUCCUGCAUUUCCCUUUGCAAGCAAUUCUUCAGGUAUAUGUUCUUUUCAAAACAAAGGUGCCAAAUACUUUAGCCACUCAGUGCUCUGGAGCUUGGGGCAGCCAUGUGUAGCUUGAAAGGCAGGGACCAGGCGAGGGAGAGAAAUGUGCAUCUUCUGCAUACAGACCACUCUCAGGUGCACACUUGUUUCUGCCCCCAGAUACGUUUUGCACAGAUCUUUCCUCCACUCUCAUCCCUUUGCUGGGGUACACCUAUUCCCCUUGAGUAUUAAUUGCAUAGGGUCAUCAGGUAUCUGUCUGAGCUUCUGUACACCAUAGGCUUCAAUUUCUUAUAGCAUCACAAGUAUUGAGUAUUACUAAGGAUAUAUCCACUAGACUUGCAAAGCCACUAUCAUAGAAACAGCCUGUUUUAUUUGGCCCUAUCAUGUUUUCCUUGGACAGGAAUUGCUAGGGGUGGUGCUUGUGUGUGAUCUUUGAAUAGCUACUGACAUGAUUCAAUUCGCACUUUAAUAGUAGUUCUUUCCCUUCUUUGUAGAGGGAAAAAGAAGUGGUGCUGUGUUUAGACUGGGGUUAGGAAUACUUUUCUGCUCCCCUCCAGCUCUGACACUCAACUUCUAGUCAUUUGCUAUCUUGAAUGCAUCCACCCAGCCCUUUUUCGUGUGCCACAAUUUUCCCUUCUGUAUGAGCAGGGAAUACUGAAAUAAUGACUGUGAAUACUUCUGGGUGGUAGCAUCCUGCUAGUUACACUGUAUGGGGCUUGCCCCCAUCCCCAUAUAUGAGAAUCUAUUUCCCCCCACUACCUCCUCCCCCAGGGACAGAGUGGAAUGGGAACCAGAUUUCAGAAGAAACUAGUUGGUGUUCCCUAAGCCCUAGUUUAUUUAGUCCUUGAUCACAGAAACAGUAAGGGUGAAAACAGAUACUAAUAUUUUAAGAACAGUUGUGGUUUGAUAGCCCUGAUGCUUUUCACUUCCUUGAUAUGGGAAGCAAAUCUUUUCUCCAACAAUAGAGUUGCUGUUGUGUCUGGUUGUAAGUUGCAAAGUUGGAUUCAUGCCAUAAGUGGACAACCCAGUCUGAGUGCCCUUAGAAUGCUAGAUCUGUCUUCAGUUUAAAUUGUUAGCCCUUUCUGUUAAAGACAAAGGAUUUUGCCAUUAUUUCAAAUGGCUGGGGGGAAAUACCAUGAUUAUUACUUUACAUAGAGAGAUAGGUAAAGUGUGCCGUCAAGUCAAUUUCGACUCCUGGCGCCCACAGAGCCCUGUGGUUUUCUUUGGUAGAAUACAGGAGGGGUUUACCAUUGCCUCCUCCCGUGCAGUAUGAGAUGAUAGUCUGGGAAACAUACCAGUGGGAAUUCAAACUGGCAACCUUUUCCUUGUUAGUCAAGCAUUUCCCCGCUGCACCACUUAAGGUGGUUUUAGAGCAUCUGCUAAACACAACUCCUAACAAAGACUCUAGAACAGAAAACAGCUGUUUUCUUCCCUGCCUGUUGGAAUUAUUAUUGGGGUGGGUGGGGGGUGGACACUCGUAGUGGUACCAAAAUUAGGGUUGAGCAGAAAGCAUUGCAAUGAGGUACUUGGGGUAGAAAGGAUGUGCCUGGAGCUUAAAUGAAGGAACAGUAAGUGAGACUGAGCACACUGGAAGCAGAGGUGCACCUAGGUAAUUUGGAGUCUGGACCUAAAGGCUUUGGAGCCCACCCCACCCACCCCCUGCAAGUUAAACAUCAUUUUUUAACACACAGGUUCUUGAGGGUACAAACCACACCACCCAGGACAGACCAAAAGAUGUGGGGGACUCCAGGGGGUGUGGAGGAGCUGGACUUCAGCCCCAAAGUCCAGGGGUAAGAGCACCUCCGACUGGAAAUUUUAUUGAGACAAUACCUUUUUAGAGAGGAAUAAAGUGAAUUAUGCUGCUCUCUUGUUACCAAUCAAAGCUUGAUUGCCCCAGACGGAAAAAGCCACACUUCGUGAGACUGGAGUAUCAGCUAGCUAUGAAGGCAUUGCCUGGAAAAGGCCAAUCUGCCACCAUUUUGGAACUAGAGUUCUACCCUAGCUGUAUAGAAAUUGAAACUAUUCCUACUGUCACUCUAAAAACUAGGUACAGUGGAGGCCAGUGAGCCCAGCUCCCCAAUGGCUGCUAAUCAGCCAAACUACAUUGAAACCAGUGAUGGAAACUUGCCAAAGCCUUGAACUGCAUGUCUGCAGGUUUUUGCCAGUUGCAAAUCUGGCUCCUAUGCCUGCCAUCUUGUGACAGCAAUACAUAGUUGAAAGCAGAAGUAAAAGAGUCCAGUGAGGCCAGGAAGAAGGCACUUAGUGCAGAGUGAAGCCGUCAUAGCACAGCUUGUACUUUCAGGAGGACUUUCACCUGCACAGUUGUUUCCCAUGUCAGAGCUGGACUGAUCUACAUGUUACCUGUGUAUAACUGACCUGUUCCAUAUUCCAUGCAACUGGCCACAAAAUACCAGCCAAGAGCAAGCUGCUGGAUAUCCCAAAGGAAAAUGCAGGUUGCAGUGUGUGUUUGCUUUCCAAGUUGGAAGGUCUCUCCCCCCCCCUCCAGUCCCAACUGUUCCUUAAAUCAUGUGUUUAGUGUAACUAUGUACCAGUGCCCCUUCUCUGCUCCUCUGAAUAUAACUUCCAUCAUUUCCAGCCCAUGUCCAUUUUAAAACAAAUACUAUUGUACAAAAGAAUAUCUGUACUUUCAAAAAACAAAAUAAUAAAAUAUUUACACUGUCUUAAUAA